AUGGUGAAUUGUCGCGAGGAACAAUCCUCUUGCUCUAAAUUGGUACUGUAUUGGCAGUCGGAAAUCCCAACGCCGGGAUGGCCACGUUGGCUAAAGCAUGUGGAACCGCUCAACAUCAACACAUCAACACCAUCAACACAUCAACACCAUCAACACAUCAACACCAUCAACACCAUCAACACCAUCAACACCAUCAAGACCAUCAACACCAUCAACACCAUCAACACCAUCAACACCAUCAACACCAUCAACACCAUCAACACCAUCAACACCAUCAACACCAUCAACACCAUCAACACCAUCAACACCAUCAACACCAUCAACACCAUCAACACCAUCAACACCAUCAACACCAUCAACACCAUCAACACCAUCAACACCAUCAACACCAUCAACACCAUCAACACCAUCAACACCAUCAACACCAUCAACACCAUCAACACCAUCAACACCAUCAACACCAUCAACACCAUCAACACCAUCAACACGUCAACACCAUCAACACCAUCAACACGUCAACACCAUCAACACGUCAACACCAUCAACACGUCAACACCAUCAACACGUCAACACCAUCAACACGUCAACACCAUCAACACGUCAACACCAUCAACACGUCAACACCAUCAACACUUCCACGCCAUCAGUACCAGUAUCAACACAUGA